AUGCAUCCGGACGGCAAAGUACACGGCGGUACCAUCGUAAGGAUAAAAAACACUAUUGGGCGUUAUGAGUUUAAUAAAUAUACAAAAGAUUAUCUCCAAGCCACCAGCAUUGUCAUUAGGGACUACCUUGGCAAAAUCCUGAUCUCAAUCCUGAAUCCUGCCCUUUACUGUCCACCCAAGCAUAACAUUAAGAAAGCACAAUUUGAAGAUUUCUUUCCCUCGCUGGGCAGCACAUAUAUAGUUAGUGGCAAUUUCAACGCCAAGCAUACCUAUUGGUGUUCUAGAAUUACCACAACCAAAGAAACAGGGAAAUAUUGUUCUGCUGUGUAUUUACACAUCACCCAGGCCUUCGCUAGGGUGUGGCACGCAGGAUUGCUCUAUAAGCUGAAAAUCAACUUUCCUUCAGGCAUAAUCAAUAUUUUAAAGAGCCAUUUAAUAGACCGAAAGGAAACCACUUGUCCUUCACUUUUUCUUAAUAACGUUCAAAUUCCUAAAAAAAAUGAGGUUAAACAUCUAGACAUGCACCUGGAUUGUAGGUUAAAUUGGAAAACGCACAUAAUCAUGAAAAGAAAGACGUCAAUGAAAAACUUGGAUAAGCCAUGGGUACCAACAUCAAUUUGUAAUACUUGUAGAUUGCAUUUGUUAAAUUGGGAAAAUAAAAGUACGAAGGGUCAAAGUGUUAUUCAACCAACCAUUUGGCAUGAGCCCAAGGAUCACGAUACAGAUUGUUACUUUUGUUUAUGUCAAACAAAGGGCUUUUCUAAACAAUAUUUGAACAAAAUCAUUUACCCUAAGGUAAAGAGUGUAACACCAGCUAAAAUUGGUACUGUAAGUCAUUCUGAAAACAUAGUUGUCCUAUCAACUCACGAAUCAAUGGAUACUGAUGAGAUCGAUUCAACUGAAGAUGUUUAUUGUGAAGACAGUGAUGGUCAUGAAGGUCCCAAAUUUUUUGACCAAGCUGGAUUAGACGAUUUUAUACGUGACCUUAAUCUUCCAAAAGAUAAAGCUGAGCUUUGUGCUUCAAGACUCAAAGAAAGGAAUUUAUUAUUACCUGGCACUAAAGUAACGGUCUACAGAAAAAGAGGAGAGCAGUUUAUUAAAUCUACAUUCCCGCAUUUAAGUGAUGCUAAAGUUAAGGAAGGUGGUUUUGUAGGGCCCGACAUAAGAAAGCUUAUGAAAGAUGAUGAGUUUAUCAAGACCAUGAUAUCUAUUGAAAAGGAUGCUUGGUUGAGUUUCAAAGAUGUAGUAAAGGAAUUUUUAGGGAACAACCGAGAUCUACAGUUUAGAACUAUUGUGUCUACAAUGUUACAGAAUUUUAAACGAUUAGGUUGUUUGAUGAGUAUCAAAAUACAUUUUCAUAAAUGUUAUUUGGACUAUUUCCCGAAUAAUGUCGGAGCAUUCAGCGAAGAAUUGGGCGAAUGUUUCCAUCAAGAUUUUCAUUAA